AUACGUAUUAUAUUUUUUACACAGCACAAAUCAAAAACCUACAAUCUCCGUUUCACUCCAAGACCUCACUCUCAUUUUCCCUUUUUUCUCAAAAAUAAAAAUAAAAAUAAAAAUGAGAGAAGAGCAGAUAGAGAAGCUUCGAGGGGUAGUGCGUGACUGUGUGAGCAAGCACUUAUACUCCUCUGCCAUUUUCUUCGCCGACAAAGUCGCCGCCUUCACCGACGAUCCCGCUGACAUCUACAUGCAAGCUCAGGCUCUCUUCCUCGGCCGCCACUACCGCCGCGCCUACCACCUCCUCAACGCCUCCAAAAUAGUCCUUCGCGACCUCCGUUUCCGCUACCUCGCCGCCAAAUGCCUCGAGGAAUUGAAAGAGUGGGACCAGUGUUUGUUAAUGCUUGGUGAUGCAAAAGUUGAUGAACAUGGAAAUGUAUAUGACACUAAAGACUGUAAUGUUAUGUACUUAGAUAAGGAUAGUGAAGAUCGCGAGAUCAAUAUUUCUUCAGCAAUAUGUUUUCUAAGAGGUAGGGCUUAUGAAGCAUUGGAAAAUCGUGCUCUAGCUCGACAUUGGUACAAAGCUGCUAUCAAGGCUGAUCCUUUAUGUUAUGAGGCUUUGGAAUGCCUUAUUGAAAAUCACAUGCUCACAUUUGAAGAAGAAACAAGUCUACUUUCCUCCUUGCAAUUUGGUCCUGAAGAUAGGUGGCUCUCUUCAUUCUACUCUUGCUUGAUAAAAAAGUAUGACAAAGAGUGUGUCAUAGAAGCCAAAUUCAGAGAAGUUGAAAAAGAAAGCUGCAAUAGCAAUCCUUCUAGCCCUUCUUUCAUGCAUACACUAAAAAACAACACCGAUCUUUUGGCUUGUAAAGCAGAGUACUUCAAUCAGUGUGGUGAAUAUCAGAAAUGCUUUGAACUAACUUCAGAUCUGCUUGAGAAGGACCCUUUUCAUUUGAAAUGUACAUUGGUACAUUUAGCAGCUGCUGUGGAGCUUGGAAAUUCAAAUGAGCUGUAUCUCAUGGCAUCUAACUUGGUGAAGGAUUAUCCUCAAAAGACUCUCUCAUGGUUUGCUGUUGGCUGUUACUACUACUGUAUCAAGAAGUAUGAUCAAUCACGGCGUUAUUUCAGCAAGGCUACCAGUCUAGAUGGAACCUUUGCACCUGCUUGGAUUGGCUUUGGGAAUGCUUAUGCUGCUCAAGAAGAGGGUGAUCAAGCAAUGUCGGCAUAUCGCACCGCUGCUCGUUUAUUCCCAGGGUGUCAUUUGCCAACUUUGUAUAUUGGGAUGGAAUACAUGCGAACUCACAGCUAUAAGCUUGCUGAGCAGUUUUUCAUGCAGGCAAAGACAAUUUGCCCUUCAGAUCCACUUGUAUACAAUGAACUUGGUGUUGUUGCUUAUAAUAUGAAGGAGUACAACAAGGCAGUGUUGUGGUUUGAGAAGACUUUGAAGCACAUUCCUUCGUUGAGUCAAUUGUGGGAACCAACUGUCAUUAAUCUUGCCCAUGCCUACAGAAAGUUAAAGAUUUACCAUGAAGCAAUUUCAUGCUAUGAGAGAGCACUUGCAUUAUCAACUAGAAGCUUGAGUACUUAUGCUGGUCUUGCAUACACUUAUCAUUUGCAGGAUAACUUUACUGCUGCAAUUACAUGCUACCACAAGGCUUUAUGGCUGAAACCGGAUGAUCAAUUUUGCACUGAAAUGUUGAGCCUGGCACUUGUAGAUGAAGGUCGUCGAGGCAUCGACCCCAAAAUUGAAUUUCGAUGAAGUGAUACUGUUUAUAUUCUUUUUGUUGUUGUAAUGCAUGUGGAAUAUGAACUACGAGUCCUUGAAUGGGUCGAUUCAUUUUGUUCCAUUUUAGAGUUAGGCAGUAUGUAUUACAGUAGGGAGAGUUGGGCAAUAUUUAUGAUCUGUAUCGUUUGGUUUUAUCAAUGGAAGCUUGUAACUUAGACAUUCCAAUUUCAACCCACCUGCACCAAAUUUUAGCUGUGA